AUGGCAGUUGACGAGAAAACACAAACCACAACGGAGGCAGGGACUUCCCCAGCCUCUGCUGCCUCUCCUGCAGCAACAGCAGCAACAACAGCAGCAGAAGCAGCAGCAACAGCAGCAGCAGCAGAGGAGCGCAGCAGCGACAGCCCAACCACCACCAGCAGCAGCACCAGCAGCAGCAGCAGCAGCAGCAGCAGCAGCAUGCGUUUGUGUCCGCGUGUGUCUCGUGUUGCAGUUCGCUUUAUGCAGGGGCGGCGGGGUGUACAGGAGGACCGCCACGUUGUUGUUGACGAUAUAAAAACCUUAAUCGAAGAAAAAGAAAAAAAAAAUAUUAUAAAUCAAUGGGGAUGCGAAACAGCGUCUCUGGUUGCUUUGUUUGAUGGGCAUCGGGGCGUCAGCUGCUCUGAGUUUUGCUGCUCUUUCUUCCCCGCCAAGCUCGCGGAUACUUUAACAAGACAGCUGCCUCAGCACCUUACUGCUUCUCCUGCUGCUGCUCCUGCUGCUGCUGCUGCUGCUGCUGGUGCUGCUGCUGGUGCUGGUGCUGCUAAUACUCCUGCUGCUGCUGCUGCUAAUGCUAGUGCUUCGCCGGCUGCUGCUGCUACGCCAGAUGCUGCUGCUGCUUCUGCUUCCUCUGAUCCAGCAGAAGCAGCAGCAACGAAAGAAACAGAAGCAGCAGCAGCAGCAGCAAAAGCAGCAACAAAAGAAGCAGCAGCAGCAGCAAAAGACACUACAUCAGGAUCAAAGGAAGCAGCAGCAGGCGAACCAAAGGAAUCACCAUCAGCAGCAGCAGCAGCAACAACAGAAGUACCAGCAGCAGCAACCGAACCAGCAGCAGCAGCAGCAACAGAACCACCAGCAGCAGCAGCAGCAGCAGCAGCAGCAGCAGCGAAAGACUCUGAAAGCAUGAAGGAUUUGUUUACUAGUUUUAUCCCUUUAACAUCUUCUUCUUUUUCUUCUAUGGCGGCAAAAACAGCAGCAGAAGCUGCUGCUGCAUGCAGAUCACCAGAGCUGCAGCAGUUGCUGCGGCUGCUGCCUGAGGGUGAGAGGACGAAGCGCCUGAAGCAUGAGCAGUGCACUAUGGGGGGCUCGAGCCAACAGCCUUCUACGUUGCUUGCAGGCAAGGUAUCUCGUGCGUUUGGUGACCGGGACCUGAAGGUAUCUCGUGCGUUUGGUGACCGGGACCUGAAGGUAUCUCGUGCGUUUGGUGACCGGGACCUGAAGGUAUCUCGUGCGUUUGGUGACCGGGACCUGAAGGUAUCUCGUGCGUUUGGUGACCGGGACCUGAAGGUAUCUCGUGCGUUUGGUGACCGGGACCUGAAGGGUUUAGUGUUUAUUGUUUAG